AUGCAUCUCCCUCCGGUUGCCGUGAUGGCGACCUGGCCCACACCAAACUAUAUCGACCCUCCGACUCGCGGCCAUGGCGUGCUCAUUGUGAAUGUCGUCUGCAUUUCCCUGGCGUUCUUGGUCGUUAUUCUCCGUCUAUAUACCCGACUACGAAUUACAUGCAGUGCCGGGAUGGACGAUAUUCUCAUCGUGAUCGGUCUGGCCUUUGCCAUUGCCAUGGUGGCCGUCACCUCGGUGGCCACGGAGAAAUGGGGGUGGAAUCGGCAUAUCUGGGAUGUUCCAGAAACGUGGCUGUCGACCGUGCAGAAGCUCAACCUCGUCUUCCAAAUUAUGUUCUCGUGGUCAUCGAGUAUCACCAAAAUCUCGCUGCUGUGGUUCUGUCGGCGACUCCUCGGCGCUGGAAAGGGCACCUUUAUGUGGUUCAACCGGGCGUUUAUCGGAUCUAUGAUCUUUGUCGCCCUGUCUUGCUUUAUGUUCACCUUUAUCAGUAUCUUUCAGUGCUCACCAAUCAAGGCGUACUGGGAAGUAGACCCGACGUAUUCACACAAGUGCCUUGACGAGGGUGCCAUCGUCUUUUCUGCCAGUGUCAUCAACAUCUUCACCGAUUUCCUAGUCACUGCGCUGCCAAUGCCACUGAUCUGGAGCCUCAAGUUGCCUGCCCGCCAACGUCUUGCCGUCAUAUCCAUCUUUGGCUUGGGCAUCAUCGUCAAUGUGGCUGGCUCCGUCCGCACCGUGUACGUCUGGAAGAGCAUGGUCGUCGGCUACGACACGACCUGGCUCGGCUGGCCCGUUCUCAUCGCCGCCUGUGUGGAGAUCAGCCUUGGCCUGAUCUGCUCCUCUGCCCCCGCCCUCCGUCCCCUCAUCGCCACCUUCCUCCCCCGCCUCCUCAAUUCCACCCGCAACGCAGGCUACUCCUACAAUCAGCGCAGCCGGUCUCAAAAGCUCUGGUCCUCCACUGGCCGCUCCCACAUGCACCCCAUCAAUAGCUCUCGCCAAGGCGAGUACGAAAGCGACCGCUUCGAGAUCAUGCGCACCGUCGAGAUGGAGACGUGGACAGAGUCCCGGCUCGCGCAUCAUCAUGCCAUGGGUCACAGGUUCGAUAUCAGUGGCAACCGCGCUUUGUCACCUGAAAGUUUUGAGACGAAACCGGGCGCGACAGUGAACUCAUCUGCGGCUAGUGAGAAGUCGUCCCGCUCGUUGAGGAGAGACGAGGCGUACAACGCGCGGCAUUGA